GUAUUUUAGGGUUUUCCAUUAUCUUUUAGCAAUGUUAUAUUCUAAUGCUUUUUAGGUUUUAAGCAGUCAGUGAGUCUCCUUCACAUCACAAGUCCUUCAAACUCUUUCUUGCCCAGUUUUUACAGAUUUAUUUUAUCAAAAGCUGCUAUGAGUGAUCCAGCAACUGAAUCAAAUGAUGCUCAUUCAAGCUCACAAGAAGCUAAGAAGCCUCAGAUUGAGCCUAUUCGGAUGCCUACUGUGGAGGAAAUAAGGGGCCAAGACAUUUGGAACAACUGUGCAGUUCGCAGUGUUGUUAGCGGAGUCAUGGGAGGGGGACUUGGUUUGUUCAUGGGUAUGUUUCUCGGGGCACUGGAUAACCCAAUAAUGCAAGAGGAAAUGACUACUAGGCAACAAAUUGUAUUUCAAGCAAAGCAGAUGGGUCGAAGGAGUUGGAGUUCUUGCAAGACUUUUGCUGUUAUGGGUUUGGUUUUCUCUGCUGCUGAGUGUACCGUUGAGAAGGUACGGGCAAAGCAUGACAUUACAAAUACAGCAGUUGCAGGGUGCGUAACAGGUGGUGCGUUAUCAGCUAGAGGUGGACCACAAGCUGCGUGUAUGGGUUGUGCUGGCUUCGCGACAUUUUCGGUCUUGAUAGAGAAGUUCUUGGAUAGAUAUCACUAGACAAGAUAGAUCAUUCUUCAGCCUGGAUGAUGUAACCUACACCAACCUACUUUUAUAUUUAGAAUCAGAUUCUUUUUGUUCAAAUUCUAUGACAUUGCACAGUGUUGUAGAUGUGCCAUGCCGCGCACUUUUAUAGUCGUAUUUGUCCGAUUCAUAGCUUAAACGAAAGAAAUGAGGAUUCAUAUGGACGAUUCUAACUUUGAGACGUAGUUAUUGUUGAUUUCCCCUUUGUGAAUUCCUUGAGUUUGUGCUUCUGGUCCUAGAAACUUGUCAAUUUUCAAAAUGUCCUUAAUUAGUUAUGUAAUAAAGUGAAUCAAAUAUGGUACGU